GGACGCGCGCGCACAGAGAGGCGGAGCCGGAGCUAGUGGAGCGCCGCUCACGGCGUGUGUUCCAGGCCAGUGUUUCGUGCGGCAGGGCGGCACCUGAGCUGCAGCGGAGCGGCGCCAUCCUGUGGAGGAGCCAUGAAGCACUACGAGGUGGAGAUUCUGGAUGCGAAGACAAGGGAGAAGCUGUGCUUCCUGGACAAGGUGGAGCCUCAGGCCACCAUUGCUGAAAUCAAGAACCUCUUCACCAAGACACCAGACCCGCAAUGGUACCCUGCCCGACAGUCCCUCCGCCUGGACCCCAAGGGAAAGUCACUGAAAGAUGAAGAUGUCUUGCAGAAGCUUCCUGUGGGCACCACAGCCACACUCUUCUUCCGGGACCUGGGAGCCCAGAUCAGCUGGGUGACGGUCUUCCUGACUGAGUAUGCUGGGCCCCUUUUCAUCUACUUGCUCUUCUACUUCCGGGUACCCUUCAUUUAUGGCCACAAAUAUGACUUCACAUCCAGUCGGCACACAGUGGUGCACCUCGCCUGCAUCUGCCACUCAUUCCACUACAUCAAGCGUCUGCUGGAGACGCUGUUUGUGCACCGCUUCUCUCACGGAACCAUGCCUUUGAGGAACAUCUUCAAAAACUGCACCUACUACUGGGGCUUUGCUGCAUGGAUGGCCUAUUACAUCAACCACCCUCUCUACACACCCCCUACCUACGGAACCCAGCAGGUUAAGUUGGCGCUGACCAUCUUUGUGAUCUGCCAGCUUGGCAACUUCUCCAUCCACAUGGCUCUUCGGGACCUUCGGCCAGCUGGGUCCAAAACCAGGAAGAUCCCAUACCCCACCAAGAACCCCUUCACCUGGCUAUUUCUGCUGGUGUCCUGUCCCAACUACACUUAUGAGGUAGGGUCCUGGAUUGGCUUUGCCAUCAUGACGCAGUGUGUUCCAGUGGCCCUCUUCUCCUUGGUGGGCUUCACCCAGAUGACUAUCUGGGCCAAAGGCAAGCAUCGCAGCUACCUGAAGGAGUUCCGUGACUAUCCACCUCUGCGCAUGCCCAUCAUCCCUUUCCUGCUCUGAGCAGUUCCUCGUGGGCUCAGCCAAGUAGCACUGUCUACGCACCCCCUGACCCGGUGACCGUGGCUCUCCAGCAGUAACAAUAAACCUGCUCUUCCACCUGGA